AUGAGCAGCGCCUCAAUGGCGGCCUGCUUCAACUACGAGAACACGCCAUCAAAAGGCGGGAAAGGCGAAAAGGGUGAUAGGCACGCUCCGUUAGACAUGGAUAACGUAGCAUGGCACAGGCCGCAGUCAGCGACGUCGAGGGUGGAGGAGGAGCUGAUACAGAAGUCGACUCGAGCUCUUGCUUCUGCUACGGACCCAAUCGAUAAGCUGAGAUUGUUGUGUUUGUCCCGAGGUGCUUCUGGCAUAUUAGGACUGGGAAGGAUCUUUCGAAGGAUGGAUGAUGAUGGCAGCAAGCAACUGACUAAAGAGGAAUUCUUCAAUGGUAUUAGGGAGACCGGAUUGGAACUGAGCCAUAAGGACGCCGAAGAAUUAUUCGAGAAAUUUGAUAUAGAUAACAGCGGCUCCAUUAGCCUUGAUGAGUUCCUUAGUCAUAUUCGGCCUCCUAUGGCCGACUCACGUCGUGCGAUUGUCGAACAAGCUUUCAGAAAAUUGGACAAGACUGGUGACGGCGCCAUUACUGUUGAAGAUAUCCGUGGAGUCUAUUCUUUAACUGCACAUCCAAGAUAUAUGAGCGGUGAGGAAACAGGCGACUUGAUUCUGAACAAGUUUUUGGCUAACUUCGAGUCCGAGGGCGUCGUAGAUGGAAAGGUGACCCUCGAGGAGUUUAUGAACUACUACAGCGGUAUCAGCGUGUCAAUCGACAACGACUGCUAUUUCGAUCUGAUGAUGAGGCAGGCUUACAAGCUUUAA